AUGCCGAAGCCCCACGUGCCGCUCGGCCGGCGCGGGCCGCGGAUAUAUUACUUCCUGCCUAAUCUGGCACUCCUUUUUUGCGUCAACCAGGACGCGCCAUCCUUCGGCAAAACCGCGACAAUGCUGCACCACGCGACGUACGCUGAGCACCAGGAUAACACCGUCCUUGUCGAAGUGCCCCCAGUGGGAACCGCGAUCCAGGUGGGCGCCAAUAAGCUCAUGGCGCUCAUCGAACGCGAGCGCGCGCUGGCCGUCCAGGCCAUGCAGGGAAACCUUUACGACCUCAAGCUUUACUUGGACGACCACAGACGGAACGCUCAGGCAAGGCAAGCCACAGAUAAUGCGAAGCUAGCGGAGAGUCAGAGACGAUAUACCGAACUCGAAAACCGUUUCAUUGAGCUGCAAAACGUGAAAUGGGCGGACGACACCACGAUUCACGGGCUCAGAAGAAGAGUGAGCUCUCUGGAGCAGGAGUGCCAUAACCUCCGUUCAGAGCUCCUCAAAUCCAAACCACCCGGGGACGAAUCCACUCAAACCACUUCGACAUCGGACACGUUUCUGGCGAGCUAUGGGAUAACACCAGUAGGGGGGAAAGCCCUCUACUUCGGCAACAACUGGCUUUCCCUCUGGAACGAAAUCGGUCGAGGCAUCUACCAAGAAAUGGGGCCCUCUGAGGCUCUGAUGCCCUUGGACCUCGCUGCUCUGCUCCACACCGCGACGGGGCAGGUGCGUCACGACAAGCAGACCAUCCAGACCCUUCGCGACGCCUUGACAGCGUUGACGAGGGGCGCGCAGUUCGCUUCAAUACACGACGAAGAGGCCCUGAAGCCUGCGGCAGCUCCUACCCCCAUGGAGAGUGAACCCGUACCCAUGGUCCUGGACGAUCACCAGCUGGACCCUGAAGGGAUUGAGCACAAAGCGUACGGCGCGGAAUACCAGCCGAAGCUCGAGCACCCUGACACCUACUUGCACGGCUACGCCGAGCCGUUGACUCCCGCCUCUUGA